AUGGAUGACGAGAUGAUGUUCAUCCUAUCUGAUGGUCCAAUAAAGAUUGAGAAGGAAAGAUGUGAAUGGACGACCGAUGAUAAAAGAAGAGACAACCUAGAUAAUCAUUGCAGGAGUCACAUCUUCAAAUCUCUGGACAGAAACACAUUUGGCAAAGUUAGAGAAUGUAGAACUGCAAAGGAAGCAUGGGAGACAGUAAUCCAACUCCAUGAAGGAAAUGAAAGAACCAAGGAGAACAAGAUACUAGUGGCCACCCAAAAGUUUGAAAAUAUUAAGAUGAGGCUCGGUGAAACCAUGAAAGAGUUCAGUGAUCGGUUUACCAGUGUAGUAAAUGAGCUUUCUACACUCGGAAAGAAAUACGAUAACAAGGAAACCAUUAUCAAGGCAUUGAGAUCUCUUUCCAGCAUUUGGGAUAUAAAGACUGGUGAUGUGAUAAUCCAACAUCCUCCAUAA